UUAUUAAUUUUUUUAAUUUUAAUAUUAAUUGCUAAAAUUAAAGCCGAUGGCGCCACUUACUAUAUUUCAUUAAAUAGUACUAGCCAGAAUAGUUUAUGUGGUGAUACACAAGAGAAUGCAUGUCCAUCCAUUUUAUCUGCAUUAAAUUUAAUUCCAGUCAAUGGUAAUGGUGGUAAUAAUGUAACAUUUAUUUUAGAUGAUGGAACCUACAGCGGAGCCAAUAACACCAACUUAAAUAUAUUUGGAUACAGUAUAGUUGUUCAGCCAUUAAAUGAGGAGUCACCAAAAGUAUUUUUCAAUGGAUCCAUCGGAACCAGUUCGGCAGUUUUCAUUAAUUUCGAUAGAGGAAACACACCAAAUGCCCUCACUCAAUUAGUUGUCAAAAACAUUGUAUUUCAAUCAUUUGGUAAUGCAAAUUUAAAGGGUGGUAUAUUUAAUUCAACUACAGUUAAUUCAAACUUUGUUUUAGAAAUAAAUGGUUGCACUUUUAAUAGUAACACUGCUUUGCAAGGAAGUGUUGUUAACAUUUACAAUGAUCAAGAUAAUCAAUAUGACGUUAAUAUUACCAUCAGUAAAUCAACAUUCAAUUCAAAUAAUUUCGUUCUUUUCAUCUCUGAAUUUGCUAAUCUAUCAAUUGAUUUAUGUUCAUUCGAUGGAUCAUCAACAUCACACAAGAACCAACUAGCAUCAGUACUAUACAUGAACAGUGGCUUGUUACAAAUCACCAACACUAACAUCACUUCAUCAUCAACUUCCACUCCAAUCAAUCUAUAUGGUUUAUAUGGUCAACAUUUUUCAUUAAUCAAUAAUUGUAUUUUUGACUCAAAUUCCAUUGGGGACGAUGGUGGUGUUUUCACAAUCUCUUUUACUUUAUUAAAUAUCACAAACUCAGUUUUCAGUAAUAAUGCUGCUAUAAGUGGUGCUGCUUUAUCUGCUCAUGGCUCUCAAACUUAUGUUAAGAUUUUUAAUUCGAAAUUUUUAAACAAUAGAUCAAAUGGUAAAGGUGGUGCAAUUAAUUUAAGAAGUUCAGUAUUUUCAGAUAUUUCAAAUUGUGAAUUUUCUGGUAAUUCUGCUUCAAGUGGUGGUUCAAUUUCAUUGGAAUAUACAGAGUUAUUAAAUUUAAAUAAUUGUUCAUUCGAUAACAAUGAUGUUUCCCUUAAAGGUGGUGCAAUUUUCACAUCUUUUGGUGACAUUAAUUUCAAUCAAGUCACUAUCACAAAUAGCAAUGCUUCAGAAGGUGGUGCAGUUUACUGUGCUGCAUCCAAAUUAAAUAUGCCAAAUAACACUGUACUUGCAAAUAAUAUCGAUAGUGGUAAUGGAACUGAUGCCUAUGAAUACAAUUUCGGUUUCAAAGUCUCUGUCAAUAGCUAUAAUAUCUACUGUGCUUUAGAUCCAACAUACACCUACUGUGAUAUCUCUGGUGAUGAACCUUAUAGUUCUCUUUGUGGCUAUGUAGAGAUUAAUGAUAAAGAUAGUGGUCUUUCAAAAGGUCAAUUGGCUGGUAUUAUUAUUGGCGCUACCCUUGGUGCUGCAGUUAUAGCUUUCGGUGCUGCUUGGUUAAUAUCCAAAACUACUAUUGGCGAACACUAU